UGGGCAUGGACACGGAGGGGCUGGGGCUCGGCGCCUUGCUGCACUUAGGCAGGAGGGGGGGCUCUGGGGCUGAUCCGGAGCGACGCGGGGCUUCUUCGCAUCCCCCUCCCGGGCUUUAUCCAUGGGAUUAAAAAGCGGGCUGUGAAGCCAGCCAGCCAGCCAGCCAGCCGGGUGGAUUGUCGCUCCUCUUCUGUUUCCCUUGGACCGAACCAUGCGGGAUCUAGCUAUCGAGGUCGGGGUACGAGUCCUCCUCUUUGGUGUCUUCGUUUUUACAGAAUUUUUGGAUCCAUUCCAGAGAGUUAUUCAGCCGGAAGAGAUCUGGCUCUAUAAAAAUCCUUUGGUAGAAUCUGACAACAUACCAACACGCCUCAUGUUUGCAAUUUCAUUCCUGACUCCGCUGGCAGUCAUUUUUGUGGUGAAAAUCAUCCGACGAACAGACAAGACUGAAAUUAAAGAAGCUUUUUUAGCUGUUUCCUUGGCUCUUGCUUUGAAUGGAGUCUGCACAAACACUAUUAAAUUAAUAGUGGGAAGACCUCGUCCCGAUUUCUUUUACCGGUGCUUUCCAGAUGGAGAAAUGAACUCUGAAAUGCAUUGCACUGGAGAUCCAGAUGUGGUGUCAGAAGGCAGGAAAAGUUUUCCUAGCAUCCAUUCUUCCUUUGCAUUUUCAGGUCUUGGCUUUACCACCUUCUACUUAGCUGGGAAGUUGCACUGCUUCACCGAUAAAGGCCGGGGGAAAAGCUGGCGACUCUGUGCAGCAAUCCUACCCCUGUACUGUGCCAUGAUGAUAGCUCUAUCACGAAUGUGCGAUUACAAGCAUCAUUGGCAAGAUGCUUUUGUUGGCGGGGUCAUUGGCCUCAUAUUUGCUUACAUUUGCUACAGACAGCACUACCCUCCAUUGAGUAACCUGGCUUGUCACAAGCCCUAUGCCAGCCUUCUGGUUCAGACAACGCUGAAGAAAGAAGAAACAUCUACAGUGGAUAAUGCUACCAGCCUGCCUCUAGAAGGGAUAACAGAAGGUCCAGUAUGACUAAUACACCUGCAAGAUGAACUUCUAGCUCUUUCAUACAUUCCGCCAAUCCAAACUGGUCUCUCUGCAUAAUAGUAUCUCUUAACAGCUGUGAUUCUGCCAUAACCUCUUCCUUUCAUGACUCCAUUUCUUUGCACUUGCAUACUUUCUUCCUUGGUUUUCAUUUGUUUUUAUUUUGUUAUGCUCUGUUCUCUACAAAAUAAAAGAGUUGUUCACAGAAA